UUCAGUUUGAAGGAGGAGGAAAAAAAAACCAGGAACAACCAGGAAGUCAAACAGAGGAGGAAACAUAUUUGCUCAAACUUUCCAGUCCUUAAGACGGGGUUUUAAAAGCGUUUCAACUAUAGCGUCAACUUCACAGUAAGUUGACAAAUUUGCUCGCGCUCAGGGAGCCUUCUUACCAACAAGAUGGACAUUGAUACGGAGCGAGGAGAAGCGGAGGGUUCACCAGAAUCCCAGGACAAGGUGCAGUCCUUGAGGGAUCAGGUCGACGGAGUGAAAGACAUCAUGACGCACAACGUGGAGCGGAUCCUGGCCAGAGGAGAGAGAUUGGACGACCUCAUGGAUAAAUCAGAGGACCUACAAGCAGGGGCUCAGCACUUUAAGCAGACGUCUCAGAAAGUGGCUCGCUCCUACUGGUGGAAGAACGUCAAGCUGGUCGUGGUCAUCGUCGUGGUCGUCCUCAUCAUCGUCCUCAUCAUCAUCCUGCUGGCCACCGGAGUCAUCCCUGUCAGUAGCCCCCUGCCUCCUGUAGUCACCCCCACCACAAAGCCAUAAAUGGGGAAAACAUCAAGUUGUACAUACAUGAAAUAACAACAACCACCACAUUCCUACUGCACAGUAUACAAAGUAAUAUAUAGACUUGAGCAAAUCAGUAAUGUCUGGUGAAAACUUUACCUCUUAGUUUGCUUCUGCUGGUAACUUUCUUGAUGAUAUUGCUUGGGUUUAAGGCACUUUAAUGACACACAGAUGUUCCAAACACAGUUCUCUGUCAGGAUGACCAACAACGGUUACUUCCUCUGGCAAACAGGAAGUCCUUUUUAAGAUUUUUAUAUAAGCUGAAGAUAAAGAAAGUUGAUUUCGUCCUCUUUCAAGUGCACCACACAUGACAGGUGUAAACUAUCUUUUUUUGACAUUGGAGAAAUGUUCUUCACAGAUCUGUAAAGGUCACAACAUACUUGAUGAAGGGCUGAAGUGUUUGUUGGACGCGUCUGUAUUCUGUUUGAAAUGCUUCCAGUGUUCUUGUAGUCAGACAUCCAGAGAAAGAAUGUAUACAUUGUAAUUGUUGAGUUACAGAUGUUUCGACUGCUGCUGUUGUCUGAUCAAAAUAUUUUUAGUAGUAUGUUGAGGUUCCAAACACCAGCAGUGGCUUUGUUACAGAAUCUUGGGCUGUGGUCAGACUGCAGGUGAAUACACUUAUUUUAUUUCUUUCAAGUUUAGGCAAGUUAUGAAAAAUAGUUUUGCAUGUCCAGACAUACACGAUGUAUCUGCAUAGAUUAUUCUGGUAACAACAUAUGAUUUCAUCAUCUCAUUACAACAGUCUUGUCUAUUGCAGGAUAGUGUUGUCAUCAUGACCAGCUCUGUAUCGUGUUACAAGUGACGCAAAAGACAAAUAUAAAUGUGAGUUGACCAGCUGUUCAGACUAAGAAGCAGGUGGACAAAUCUAGUUUUAAUUGUAUUCUCUAAUUGGCUCUAAACAUGGUUCAAACCAGAGUUUUGAAGAAUCUGAUUUGUGCAAACCUUCCAAACCAAUCUGGAUAAAAUCAGAAAAUGUAAAAAAUCUGAUUUAGUUACUGAGGCCAGCGUCAUACUUUCCACAUUCUGUAUCCACAGAAGCUUAUCACUUUCCACAUGCACGUACUUGAUCUCACACAGGGUUCCCACGGCUCCUUGACAUCCUUGAAAGUUUUUUCAUUUGAAAAUCAAUAUCCUUGAAAGUUGGGGACGUGUCAUUGAAAGUGCUUGAAUGUUGUCCAAGAAAGAAGUUAAGUUUAGGUAAAUGUCUCCCUUCUUCAAAGAUUUCAUGAGCGAGUAACGUUGAAUUUGAGGGAAUUCCUCCUGGAUAGUCCUUGAAAGGUCCUUGAAUUUGAUUUCAACCAAGCUGUAGGGACCUUGCUCACAUGACAUUCUAGUAGAAGUUUGUCCGUGUAUUCUUUGAGUGACAGGACUGUUCAUGUGUGGUACCAGUGGACCUCCUCACCUAACGUCAAACAGGCGCCUGUGGUUUCCGUCUUCUUAGACAGCACCACCUACUGGACUGGAGUUAAGCGGCUCACGCAGGACUCGUCAUGCGGAUGUGGAAAGUCUGACCCAGGCCUUAGAGAUUAGAAAUAUUAUUACAUCUACAACUCGUUAACAUCCUUUAGAGGAGAUUUGUACGUUCAAGCAGCUAAACCAAGAUUCUUUUUUUUUAAGUACUAAUUGUGUUCAUUUCUUUUUCGCCCUUCUGUGUCUCGACUGUAGAAAUAUUGCAGUUUGAAUGUAGAGCUUUGGCAGUCAUUUUAAAGGUCUGCUCUCGUGUUGGAUUAGUCAGCUGCUACAUUGCGCCCCCUGUUGGGUCCUCACAGCCACAGCAGCUUAAAACUACAACCCCCCGCCCCUUCUGAACCACACAGUGUGUGCAUAUUGAAGAAUACAGGACAUGUGGUACAUAAAUGUCUUGUGUGUCUCUCCUCUCGUCUUUCUCUGGUCUCACCGUACUGCUUUAGUUUCAGAGAGGUCCAAGUGAUACUGUAUAUAGGCAACAUCCUAGUCUCACCUCUGUGUAUAUUAAAUAUCUGUUCCUUAGAGGGUAUUUAUUAAAAGCUUAAUAUAACUCAUGUUCAUGCUUUCUCUUUUUAAUCAUCGAGAUAGGUGGAUUAAAGCUGUGUGGGAUUUUUUUUUGACUGAUUCAUUUAACAGAAGGCACAGCUUGAUUACUCUGUUGCUGCUUAAUCAUUGUAUGUAAAUGAGGCUGUUUGAGAACAAAGUCCUCAUUGUUUUCUUUUGGUUUUUUUAAUUGAUAACUUCACAAAUCUCACUGCCAUUUAAUGCCUUCUCACUGGCCUGAUCAUUGCAAUGUGAGGCCAGUGUCUUUCUUUCUUCUUUUUUUUUUACAAUGUCGAUAUUCACCAAUGACCUACUGUGCUUUAUGGUUUUAAUGGUCUAAUAUGGAAUAAAUAGUAUUUACUCAG